AUGGCCGGGGGGAUGACUGGGGGUGGGGAUGCUGGGGGGGGUCCUAGGAGCAAGGGGCCGGCUCCAGUGUAUGUCCGCCAGGUUCCAAAGUUCCUGCAAGCAUACAGCCACCUGAUACAAAAGGACAGCUUCAAGGAUGAGGCCAAACAGGCCUGGGAAGAUUACGCUGUGCAGAACAAGGCCGGAAAAGCAUUUGGCCAAGCGGAGGACGACGACGAUGACUGGCCUGACGAGCUGGAAGGCGCCACGGUCGUCAGCGGAGCGGAAGCUUUUGGCAAGGGGAAAGAGGGCCAGGAGCAUGGUGACGUCAUCCCCCCCACCAAGGAGGAAAAGGAGGCAGCUAAGAGCAAGGAGAAGGGCAACGCCGCGUUCGAAAAGGGCCGCUUCGACGAAGCGAUCCAGCAUUUUAACCGGGCCAUCUUCCUGACGCCAAACAACCACGUUUUGUACAGCAACCGGUCGGCGUGCUUCCUCGGAAAAAAGGAGUACAAGUCCGCCCUGGAGGAUGCGCAAAAGGUGGUCUCUCUCAAGCCCGACUGGCCAAAGGGUUACUCACGAGUGGGCGCCGCGCAAGUUGGGUUGAAGCAGUACUUUGAGGCCAUCGACACAUACAAGGCGGGCCUCAAGGGUGCCCCAAAAGACGAAGCCCUCCGGGAAAGUCUGAAACACGCGGAGGCCCUGCUGAAAGAACAGGACGAAGCGGAUGCGAAGGCCGGAAAGGUGGUGUUCCGGAAACGGAAAGAGGCGCCCGAGGGCGGAACUGAGAAAGCGGGAGCGGUAGCGACGGCGAAGAGAAAACACAAGCCGAAGGCUGGAGCGGUGAGCUUGUUGUCAUUCGACAGAGAAGCGGACGACGACGGGUGA